AUGGAGGGGCACAAUAUGUCUGCCUCCUUCAACUUCUCCCUGCCACCUGGCUUUGGCAAGCGCCCCACUGACCUGGCACUGAGCGUCAUCCUGGUUAUCAUGCUGUUACUUAUCAUGCUUUCUGUGGGCUGCACCAUGGAGUUCAGCAAGAUCAAGGCCCACUUCUUUAAGCCCAAGGGGUUAAUCAUCGCCCUGGUGUCUCAGUACGGCAUCAUGCCCCUCACUGCCUUUGUGCUUGGCAAGGUCUUCCGGCUGACCAACAUCGAGGCGCUGGCCAUCCUCAUCUGUGGCUGCUCACCUGGGGGAAACCUGUCCAAUGUCUUUACCCUGGCUUUGAAGGGGGACAUGAACCUCAGCAUUGUGAUGACCACCUGCUCCACCUUCUUCGCCUUGGGCAUGAUGCCUCUCCUUCUGUACAUCUACUCCAGAGGGAUCUACGAUGGGGACCUGAAGGACAAAGUGCCCUAUGGAGGCAUCAUGGUAUCACUGGUCAUGGUUCUCAUUCCUUGCUCCAUAGGGAUCUUUCUCAAAUCCAAACGGCCACAAUAUGUACCCUACAUCAUGAAGGGAGGGAUGAUUCUCACUCUCUUCCUCAGUGUGGCUAUCACAGUCCUCUCUGUCAUCAAUGUGGGCAAGAGCAUCUUGUUUGUCAUGACACCACACUUACUGACAACCUCUUCCCUGAUGCCUUUGAUUGGCUUCCUGCUGGGCUACAUUCUCUCUGCUCUCUUCCAACUCAAUGAAAGGUGUAGACGCACCAUCAGCAUGGAAACAGGAUUCCAAAAUAUUCACCUCUGUUCUACCAUCCUCAAUGUGACCUUUGCGCCUGAAGUCAUUGGACCACUUUUCUUCUUUCCUCUGCUCUACAUGAUUUUCCAACUCGCAGAAGGGUUUCUCUUCAUCAUCACCUUCCGAUGCUACGAGAAACUCAAGCCUCCCAAGGGUGAGUACUGA